AUCCUCUCGGAAUGGAAGCAGAAGAACGAAGAAUCUCAGGCAGAGCUGGAGGCAUCCCAGAAGGAGUCCCGGUCCCUCAGCACGGAGCUCUUCAAGCUGAAGAACGCCUACGAGGAGUCUCUGGAACACCUGGAGACUUUAAGAAGAGAGAACAAGAACUUACAAGAGGAGAUUUCGGAUCUCACCGAGCAGCUGAGCCAUGGAGCCAAAAGCAUGCACGAGUUGGAAAAAGUGAGGAAGCAGCUGGAGUCCGAGAAAGUGGACUUACAAGCAGCGCUGGAGGAGGCAGAGGCAUCUUUGGAACAUGAGGAAGGAAAGAUCCUCCGGGCCCAGCUGGAGUUCAACCAAAUCAAGGCCGAAAUUGAGCGCAAGUUGGCCGAGAAGGACGAGGAGAUGGAGCAGGCCAAACGGAAUCACCUGAGGAUGGUGGACUCGCUUCAAGCUUCCCUGGAUGCCGAGACCCGCAGCCGCAAUGAGGCCCUGAGGAUCAAGAAGAAGAUGGAGGGCGACCUCAACGACAUGGAGAUCCAGCUUAGCCAAGCGAACCGGGUGGCUGCUGAGGUUCAGAAGCACCUCAAGAUCGCUCACGCCCACCUCAAGGACAAUCAGAUUCAACUGGACGAUGCCCUUCGAGCCAACGAGGACCUGAAGGAGAACAUCGCCAUUGUGGAGAGGCGCAAUACGCUGCUGCAGGCUGAGCUGGAAGAGCUACGCUGCGUAUUGGAGCAGACGGAGCGUGGGCGGAAACUGGCAGAACAGGAGCUGACGGAGGCCAGUGAGAGGGUCCAGCUCCUCCAUUCUCAGAACACCAGCCUCAUCAAUCAAAAGAAGAAGAUGGAGACUGAUCUGACCCAGCUUCAGUCAGAAGUGGAAGAAGCUGUGCAGGAAUGCAGAAACGCUGAGGAGAAGGCCAAGAAAGCCAUCACGGAUGCGGCCAUGAUGGCGGAGGAGCUGAAGAAGGAGCAGGACACCAGCGCCCACCUGGAGAGGAUGAAGAAGAACAUGGAGCAGACCAUCAAGGACCUCCAGAUGCGCCUGGAUGAGGCGGAGCAGCUGGCCCUGAAGGGCGGCAAGAAGCAGCUUCAGAAACUGGAGGCCCGAGUCCGGGAGCUGGAGAACGAGCUCGAAGGGGAGCAGAAACGCAACGUGGAGAACGUCAAGGGCAUGCGCAAGUGCGAGAGACGCAUCAAGGAGCUCACCUACCAG